AUGUACUUAAACUACUUGAAUUGUAGUGGUUUGGAAAGUUCUGUGUUUGACUGUCCUUACAAUCAAUCAAUUGAUCACUCUUGUAAUCAGUAUGAAGAUGCUUCGGUCAUUUGUCAGUUAAAUGAUGUACAAUAUUCAAACUGCACUACUGGUGAUAUUAGACUGACUGGUGGAUCUAAUGAAUAUGAAGGAAGAGUUGAAUAUUGUCUUAAUGGAGUUUGGGGUUCUGUUUGUGAUGAUAGUUGGGACACUUUGCAAGCAAAAACUGUCUGUCAGCAACUAGGACAUAGAGGCUUUACUUAUAAAAUAAAUUCCUAUUUUGGAAUUGGAUAUAAACCAAUGGUUGUUUAUGACUCCAGAUGCUCAACUGGCUCUGUUAACUUUAAUAAUUGCUAUCUAAACUGGAUCCCUAACUCAUAUUGCAACAAUUAUCAUGAAGCUGGUGUCAUAUGUGAAUCUAAUUCAUGUGCUAAUGGGCAGGUGAGAUUAAAGGAUAGUGAUUCACAACGUCGGGGUAAUGUACAAGUUUGUAUUAAUGGCACUUGGGGAGAAGUUUGUGGGCAAGGAAAUUCUAAAGUUGAUGGCAAUCUUGCUUUAGUUGUGUGUUCUGAACUAGGAUAUUCCUCUUAUGGUGCCAGAAGUACUGUUGGUACUUGGUACAUUCGAUACUCUUAUCGUUAUUACUACUAUUAUCAUUAUUAUUACCAUCGCUCUGUGCUUUAUGAGUAUAAUUUUAAACUCUUUGAUGUACAAUGUUAUGGGAAUGAAUCAAGUAUCCUUGACUGUAAACAUGAUACAAUAGGAACAUGCUCCAGUUAUUAUGCUAGUGGUGUUGUGUGCAGUUAUGACACCAUUGAUGCUCCUGUAAACUGUACUGAUGGCAGUAUAAGACUGUAUGGUGGUUCUAGUACAAUGGAGGGUAUACUGCAUGUUUGUGCUAAUGGAGCAUGGGUCACAGUGUGUUCAAGUUAUUGGGAUGACCGAGACAAUACUGUAGCUUGUCGUCAACUUGGUUUCUCAUCAUAUAAAUAUGAAACUGACGUAACUAGUACUGAUUAUCCAGUUAUAUUUAACUAUUUUAACUGUCGUGGAUCUGAAAGUACUUUGGGAGAAUGUGGCUCUGGGCUAACAUCUAAUAAUUUCUGCACUCAUCGUCAAGUAAUCAGAAUUACUUGUGAAGACAAAUGUACUGAAAAUGAUGUUCGCCUUCAUGGUGGGGACAAAUACUAUGGAUAUGUUCAAUUCUGUACCAAAGGAGAAUGGCGUUCUGUUUGCAUUAAUCACUGGGAUAAUAAAGAUGCUAGUGUUGUUUGCACACAACUGGGUUACUCACCCUAUGGAGCACUGGUUGGUCAAUCCUGGUGGUACAGUAAUUCGUUCUACACUAAUGUUCUCAGAGGUGUUAAUUGUGUUGGGAAUGAGACUAGUCUUCAAGAUUGUCCUACAGACAGCAGUGCUAGCUGUGGCUAUAGUUAUUAUCAUGCCACUGUCAUUUGUCCAGUUCAUGGAUCGGCAUAUUCUAAUUGUACUGAUGGUGAAGUUAGAUUGUUUGGUGGAUCUACUGAAUAUGAAGGAACUGUUGAGAUUUGUCGUAAUAAUGCUUGGGGGACAAUAUCUUCUAACUGGUAUUCUAAUAAUAUUGCUCAAACUGUUUGUAAUACACUUGGAUUUAAAACACCAGGUGUAUCUUCUGUUCGUAAUGCUUAUUAUGGGGAAGGCAGUGGUCCUAUUCUUAUGGGAGGUUACAUUUCUUGCUGGUCAGGUACUACUUCAUUACUGAAUUGUUACAAUAACCCUUCUGACAUUAUACACUCAAAUUCUCAUCACUAUGACAUUGGUGUCAGAUGUGAACCACCCUGCACUAAUGGUGACAUCAGACUGCAAGGUAGUAGUAAUCCUUUAGUUGGUAGAGUAGAAGUGUGUGUUAAUAAGACAUGGGGCACCAUAUGUGAUAGAAGAUGGGAUAAUAGUGAUGCCACUGUGGCAUGCAGACAGCUUGGAUUUUCAGAUCAAGGAGCCACUGCUGGUCGAUCAUCAUCAUAUUGGUGGUGGUGGUCAUGGCACAGACGGUAUAGUGAAGGCGAAAAAGCUUUUCAUAUAAUUGAUUUAAGUUGUAAAGGAACAGAGGAUAGUGUCUUUGAUUGUUCUUAUAGUAAUGUCCAGUCUUUCUAUUGCCAUUCACAUGAUGAUGCAUAUGUAACUUGUGCAGCUCCUGAUACAAGUGAUAAUUGUACAGCUGGCGAUAUCAGAUUAGUUGGUGGUCUAUCGAAGUAUGAAGGUCGUGUUGAAAUGUGUUAUGGAGGCUCAUGGGGCUCAAUAUGUCCUUCAAGUUGGGAUAGGAAUGAUGCUAAAGUUGUUUGUCAGCAGUUGAACUAUUCUAUAGCUGGUGAAGACCUAAUAAUUGUUUUUGUUUGCAUGUAG